CCGAGGCUGGGCUGAGCGGCGGCAGGAGCGCUGGGGCCUUGGACACGUCGAGCCGCGGGAGGAAGGGGGAGAGGAGCCCGGGAGGGGAGCGCGGAAACGCCGGCGGCCCCAGAGCGCCUGGCUCGCUGGGCGAAGGAGAAGGAGCCCCCCGAGCAGAGCGAGCCGCGCACGGGGUAAAGCGGGGAGAGAAAGAGGAGCAGCCGCCGCCGAGACAAAGAGCGGAGCCCGCCGGGGAGAGCAGCCUUCUCCUUUCCGCCUCCUCCUCCUGCCAUUAUUAAUCCUCCGCCCGCGCGCCUGGCCCGGGGAGCCCCGACGCGCCCGGAGGAGUGGACCACCGGCGGGUCUCCCCUUCCUCCCGCCAGCCAGAACCUUCUCGCAAGUGUAACUUUGCUCAAGAGUCUUAACUUUCUGUGUCUGGAUCCUGAAUUGUGCCAAAGGACUUAGCUGUUGUAAAGGGAUUGUGUCUUGCCACCCUAGUCUGUGUGAAACACUGAAAUUCUGUGACAAUAGCUUAUAGACAGAGGACCAGUGAUUCUUCUCCCGACAUGGAAAUUCCCAGAUCACGAUGAUCUUGAGUUAGACAUUGCAUUGGAAAGAGGGACUCCAUGAAAGAUGACAGAAGAAGUUAUUGUUAUAGCAAAGUGGGAUUACACUGCACAACAGGACCAAGAACUUGACAUAAAGAAGAAUGAGCGCCUCUGGCUGUUAGAUGAUUCCAAAACAUGGUGGAGGGUAAGAAACGCAGCCAACAAAACAGGAUAUGUGCCAUCAAAUUAUGUUGAGAGGAAGAACAGCUUGAAGAAGGGUUCCUUGGUUAAAAAUCUGAAAGACACAUUGGGUUUGGGGAAAACAAAGCGGAAGACAAGUGCCAGAGACGCCUCACCGACCCCUAGUACCGAUGCAGAGUACCCAUCUAACGGUAGCAACGCCGAUCGGAUCUAUGAUCUGAACAUCCCUGCCUAUGUUAAAUUUGCCUAUGUGGCAGAAAGGGAAGAUGAACUAUCUCUCGUGAAAGGAUCCCGAGUCAUUGUUAUGGAAAAGUGCAGCGAUGGCUGGUGGAGGGGGAGUUACAACGGACAAAUUGGAUGGUUUCCUUCAAACUACGUGGUAGAAGAAGUCGAGGAAGCGACUGCCGAUUCGCCGAGUUUUCUCAGCUUGAGGAAGGGAGCCUCCAUGAGCAAUGGCCAGGCCAUGAAAGUACUUCACGUUGUUCAGACAUUGUACCCGUUCAGUUCUGUCACAGAAGAAGAGCUCAACUUCGAGAAAGGCGAAACCAUGGAAGUCAUAGAGAAACCUGAGAAUGACCCGGAAUGGUGGAAAUGUAAAAAUUCCCGAGGUCAAAUCGGCCUCGUUCCGAAAAACUAUGUAGUAAUCUUAAGUGAUGGCCCUACAAGUAACAGUUCCCACCCGCCUCCGAUAAGCUACACAGGGCCCUCUACUACGGGACGGUUUGCAGGAAGAGAAUGGUAUUAUGGGAAUGUUACUCGGCAUCAGGCAGAAUGUGCUCUAAACGAACGGGGAGCGGAAGGGGACUUCCUUGUCAGAGACAGCGAAUCUUCGCCCAGUGACUUUUCAGUAUCUCUAAAGGCAUCGGGGAAGAAUAAACAUUUCAAGGUGCAGCUGGUGGACAGUGUCUAUUGCAUUGGGCAGCGUCGAUUUAAUACUAUGGAUGAGUUGGUGGAACACUACAAAAAGGCUCCUAUCUUCACCAGUGAACAUGGGGAAAAGUUAUAUCUUGUGAAAGCACUUCAGUGACGUCGAAGAUGGACUAGGCCUGUUGGGGGCCCCUCAUAACUUACAAGCCUUAGGUCCUAAAUUCACUUUUAUAGAGCAGAGCAGUCUACGCCAGUCUGAGACUGUCUUCAGAGAACGACCUCUUUCUAAAGUAUUUGCUCUGUCGAUUAUAUUCUUUCUCUUUUGUUUCCCCACCCCAUUUU